CCGAGGGGAGAGGGCCGGAAGUACAAGCGGGCGGGCGGAGGAAGCUGGUAGGCACGCGCCACUCGGAGGCAGUAGCGGCGGCAGCGGCGCAGCGGGAGGUUUGCCUAAAAGAAAAAGAAGAUAGCUGGGCGCCGCACGCCGCAGGUCCACGCAUGCGUCCGCGAGCCGGGUAGAGGCAGGAAGAAGCCGCCCCGGGCGACGCGGGCCCUGGGGAGGGACUAGCCAUUUUCCGGAAGAGGCGGGCCGGCGGGCGAGGCGCUGAAUUCGAAAGUGCUCGCUGGGUUUUUCCUCGGGCCGCUGCGCUGCUGUUUACUUUGGAAACGAAUGAAGACUUUGUGUUUUUCCCUUUGAGAAAAUCAGAAAGGUGGAAGCCGCCGUAGUUAGGCUUGGAUCCAAGCUGGUAAAGGACGAAGGGCUUCUUCCAGAACCCAGGUGGAAGGGUUGUCCGGGUAAGUCCCUUGGGACUGAGGAGAGGCUGGCCUGAUUCUUCCUCCAGCUCUUUUGAAAAUCUAGGCCCGGAGCCGCGCCUCCUCCAAAACGCCUUCUGCGGCGCGCCUUGAAGGAAGUGGAAGGCGCGAGCCGAGCCUCCGAGCGCGAUCCUGCCCUUACUUUGUGCCGGCGAGUGGGCUCUGGGCCCGCGCCACCGAGCUGCUGGGUCCCCUGUGCCCUCCUCCUGCCUCCAAGGAGUCCAAGGCUCUCUGUGGGUGAGCCUACCCGCCUGCCUAUCUGCACGCUUGUUCUCCUACGUUAUCUUGAAAAUAAUUCUGUAGGAUUCACAUAGGGCACUGGGGUUGUGUGGGUACAGUCCCCCACCCCCGCGCCCCCUAGAGUGUUUCCGCUCACUUCUCAACCCGAAGCUCAUCCACCCCUUCAGUAUGACACCUUCCCCGUGAAUACGCAGACCUAGUCAAGUAACCUACUUUGCAACACCCAGAAUCUUUCCUUCCAGUUGGGGAAAAAGAUGGCAUUUGCCCAUCCCCAUCUGAUGUCUAACCUCCGGUUUCCAAAGAACCUUGUACUUGUGAAAGUAAAUAUGUGUUGUGGCCUUUGCCAUGGAUCAGUGAAGAGUAUCAUAUAAUCAACAAACUAAAAUGUGGGGACAAAUCGGUCCUGGUUGGUAACUCAUGUGAAGCAUUCAUGGAAUUCCCUGCUUAGGUGUCACUUCCUUCAGGAAACCGUGAUGUCCAGGACUAGAUAAUCAACAGAAUGGGAGUGAAUGACUUGUGGCAAAUUUUGGAGCCUGUUAAGCAACACAUCGACUUGCAGAGUCUUAGUGGGAAAACCAUUGCAGUUGAUUUGAGUCUCUGGGUGUGUGAGGCCCAGUCAGUCAAAAAAAUGAUUGGAACUGUCAUGAAGCCACACCUCAGGAACUUAUUUUUUCGUAUCUCAUAUUUAACACAAAUGGAUGUAAAACUGGUGUUUGUUAUGGAAGGGGAACCACCAAAGCUGAAAGCUGACGUCAUGAAUAAGAGGAAUCAGAUUCGGUAUGGACCUUCUGGAAAAGCAUGGUCUCAGAAAACAGGGAGAUCGCAUUUUAAGUCAGUCUUAAGAGAGUGCCUAGAUAUGCUAGAAUGUCUAGGAGUCCCCUGGGUUCAGGCUGCUGGAGAAGCAGAAGCCAUGUGUGCUCACCUUAAUGCCAGUGGCCAGGUAGAUGGCUGCCUUACCAACGAUGGUGAUGCUUUCCUCUAUGGAGCCCAGACUGUCUACAGGAAUUUCACUAUAAGUACAAAGGAUCCUCACAUUGACUGUUACACAAUGUCAUCUAUCAAGAGUAAACUAGGUUUGGACAGAGAUGCUCUGGUUGGACUAGCAAUACUUCUUGGUUGUGACUAUCUUCCAAAGGGAGUCCCUGGAGUUGGAAAAGAGCAAGCAUUGAAACUCAUACAGAUUUUGAAAGGUCAAAGUUUGCUUGAGAGAUUUAAUCAGUGGAAUGAAAAAUCAAGUUAUUCUGCUGUGCAACCACUAGUAGCUAAAAAACUGGCUCACUGCUCUGUGUGCUGCCAUCCAGGCUCACCUAAGGAUCAUGAAUGUAAUGGAUGCAAAUUAUGUAAAAGUGAUAGAUACUGUGAACCGCAUGACUAUGAAUACUCCUGUCCUUGUGAAUGGCACCAGACAGAACAUGAUAGGCAACUAAAUGGAGUGGAGAACAAUAUUAAGAGGAAAGCUUGCAGUUGUGAGGGAUUCCCAUUUCAUGAGGUUAUUCAAGAAUUCCUUGUGAACAAAGAUAAAUUGAUGAAGGUAAUCAGGUACCAAAGACCUGAUUUAUUAUUGUUCCAGAGAUUUACCCUUGAAAAAAUGGAAUGGCCCAAUCCCUAUGCAUGUGAGAAAUUGUUGGUACUUUUGACCCGCUAUGACAUGAAAGAAAGAAAACUUGGUAGAAGGAACUCUAAACAAUUACAGCCAAUACGAAUUGUUAAACCCCGAAUCAGAAAUGGAGUUCAUUGUUUUCAAGUAGAAUGGGAAAAGCCUGAACAUUAUGCUUUAGAAGAACAACAACAUGGAGAAUUGCUUCUACUUACAAUCGAAGAAGAAUCAUUGUUUACAGCAGCCUAUCCUGAGAUUGUAGCUGACUACCAAAAACAAAAAUUAGAAAUUAAAGGGAAGAAACCAAAAAAAAAUAUGAAAAUUAAACCUAAGGAAAACAGUUCACCAGAAUCAGAUGAUGCAAUGAGUUUUCAGUCAUUUAAGACUUUAAACCCCACAUGUGAAAUCUUUCUUAAGCAGAAUGCCAAGUUAAAUUUGGAAAUUUCUCCUGAUCCUCCAUUACCACAGAAAUCUAUUUCUGCCUUAUCCAAUGGCUUGCUUUUACCUGAAAAUGCUCCUUAUUUGAGUACACAACAGCAAAUGUCUUCUUCAAGACCUUUGACUAUACAGGAUAUUAAAGAUAUCAGUAAGUCUGUAAUUUCAGAAUCUAAUCAGCCCAAUAUUUCAUCCUAUAAUAUAUCUGCAAUUACUGACCUACACUUGAGUACCAUUGACUGGGAAGAUACUUCUUUUAGUAAUUCUUCAGCUAUUCAAAUAAACCCUCUCUCUCAUGUUUUACAACAAUCAGAACUUGAAUCAGACCUAUCAGCCAUCCCUGAAGACUUUGGAAAUAUCCCAGAACAGUUGUCAUAUGAAUCAGAAUGGAGUAACACAAACAUCAAUAAAGGGUUGCAUGGGAAUCUUCAAAAGAUUAGUCCUGAAGAGCAUCUACUUUCUGGCAUUAGUGAUUUACAUCUUCAGGAUUUGCCUUUAAAGAAACGAAUACAAAUAAAAUCAUCAUAUCCUCAGGAUAAUAUACAACCAGAUAUUCAUCUGAAAACUGUGUCCCUAACAAGGGACAAAGAAUCUUGUAUUGAUAACAGUAGUUCUGAUUGUCUGUUGCAUCUUUCAAAAGAUCUUCCAGAAAUUCAUUUGCAAAAUGAAUCUAGAAAGUCUCAUUUCCUAAAAGGAGACCAGCUACAUCAAGAAAACUAUAAAGUUAGUACUUCCAUACCUUAUCCUGUCAAUAAUCCAGUAGUAAAGACCUCUGAUAUUAGAAUUGGACCACUACAUCCUGCUUUAGAUCGUAGUAGAAAAAUUGAUAGGCAACGCACUCAAAAAAUCGUCAUGAAGAAUAGUGUUUUUUUUGACAGACAUUCCUCUGAUGAAGAAAGUACCCCAACAUUUGGGAAAGCUAAGUGCACAACUCAAAAAAUGAGUUACAGUUCUCAGAACCAUAGCCCAGCCCACUUCAAAGGACACAACCACAGCAAAUUGAGUAACCCUAAGAUACAUGUUAAAGAAACUGAACUGUUUGUCAAGUCUUAUAAAACAACCGGAAAUGAAGAAAAAUGUUUUCUAGAUACAGCAAAAAGUUCUCAGAGUUGUCUACAAAGUCAUAAGAAAGACAGGGAGCCUGGUACUUAUUUGGAUAGUCCUCUUCCUUUAUCCCAGAGAUUAAAAGUAAGAUUCCAGAAUACAUGAAAGAUAAAAUACUUCAGUAUAAUUUAUACUAUAUCAAUAU